UCAAAGUUUGAUACACAACUUUUUGAUUUUUGAAAUUUCCACAGACCUUCAUCUUCGAUUUCUUGACAAACCUUUUACACCUCAGAAGUAAUUCAACCUUAGUUUAUCAGUUUGCAUGCAAAGUCAAUAUCAAGUCACUUGUUUUUCUCAGCGCCUUCGCUAUUUCACUCUUAAUUGAUUUGAUCUGGACAUCCAUAUCAUAUCUGCAGUAUUUUUGGUGUCAUGGAUUUUUUGGGGGACACUUGAUACGGAUUUCACCCUCUAACAGCCCCCUGAAGGUAAAUGUAGGUAUGCUGGUCAAUUUGUCAUUGAUCCCAAAUAUACUGUACUCCAUUUGUACAAUGGGUUAUUGUAUGGGUUAUUUCUUGUCUCCUUGUCUCAGGGGAAGUCAACCAUGUUCCUAGAGAUCCACAGGGUAUGCAGGAUUUGGCUUUAACCGCCUGGAAGACCAGGGCCCAGAUUCACAAAACACUUAUUUUAUUUUUUAACAAUUGUAAAUAUUAUUUCUCCCCAUUGGUAGUUAGUCUUGUCGCUGCAACUCCCAUAUGGACUCGGGAGAGGCGUGCGUCCUAUGAAUCACAACCCAGCCAAACAAGCCGCACCAAUGUGUCAGAGGAAACACCGUACACCUGGUGACUGUGUCAUUUUAGGUAGCUAUCUAGCUAGCAAUGGCAAUCAUGUUAGCAUAUUUCUUAAUGAGAUUACUGUUCUAAAACAUGUUCUUAGGUUUAAAAUAAUCAAUACUGAAACUUUCAGAUGAAGUUUGUGAGUGAAUUAAACAUGUUCAUUUGCUUUUAUGGGCUUUUUCUCUCACUGCCCUGAGUUUAAGACAAGGGUUUAGCCAUCUUGGGAAAAAUAACAUUUCCAAUAACUGGAUUUUCAAGAAUCAAAUUUCUUCUUAACUUUUUGCUUUAAGGAGAAACAUAAGAAAUAGCGCAAUACAUUUUCCAAUAACCUUUUUGAGGAAUAGCAACUUUGCUUAACUUUCUUCUCAAGUCUUCAGUUAAGGGGGAAAAUGGCAGUUAAAAAUAAAUGUAUUCUUCAGAAGGUUUUGUGAAUCUGGGCCCAGGUGUGUUGAAUUUAGUCAAUCACUCCACUGAUCAAUUAGCUCAGUUGGUCAGUUAAGUGAUUGACUAAAUUCAUCACACCUGAUCUUUCAGGUCGGUUAAAGCUCCUGGCUCUCCAGGAACAGGGUUGCAUUCCCAUGGCCAAUCAACAAAGAGCUCAUUUUUUUCAGCACUAUAAAUUGAACACAUUCGAGACACUGAGGCUAGGCCCGUGAUGGUCUACAUCCAUGGAGGAUCAUACAUGGAGGGGACAGGGAAUAUGAUUGAUGGGAGUGUGCUGGCCAGCUAUGGGAAUGUCAUCGUCAUCACUCUCAACUACAGGGUCGGAGUACUAGGGUUCCUCAGUACAGGUGACCAGGCAGCUAAAGGGAACUAUGGACUCCUGGACCAGAUCCAAGCCCUGCGUUGGAUCAGCAAGAACAUCGGCUAUUUUGGAGGAGACCCGGGUCGCAUCACUGUCUUUGGAUCUGGGAUUGGAGCCUCCUGCGUCAGCCUGCUCACACUGUCCCACCACUCUGAGGGCCUGUUUCACAGAGCCAUCAUCCAGAGUGGCUCAGCCCUGUCCAGCUGGGCCGUCAACUACCAGCCUGUCAAGUACACCCGCAUGCUGGCUGAGAGGGUGGGCUGCAACGUGCUGGACACCCUGGACAUGGUGUCCUGCCUGCAGAAGAAGAGUGCCAGAGAGCUGGUGGAGCAGGACAUCCAGCCAGCCCGCUACCACGUAGCCUUCGGCCCCGUCAUUGACGGCGACGUCAUCCCCGACGACCCCGAGAUCCUGAUGGAGCAGGGCGAGUUCCUCAACUAUGACAUCAUGCUGGGCGUUAACCAGGGGGAGGGACUGCGUUUCGUGGAGAAUGUGGUGGACCUGGAGGAUGGUGUGUCCGGCAGCGACUUUGACUUCGCCGUGUCGGACUUCGUGGACAGCCUGUAUGGCUACCCGGAGGGGAAGGACACUCUGAGGGAGACCAUCAAGUUCAUGUACACGGACUGGGCUGACAGGGACAACCCAGACACCAGGAGGAAGACGUUAGUCGCCCUGUUCACUGACCAUCAGUGGGUGGAGCCCUCGGUGGUGACGGCUGACCUGCACGCCCGCUACGGCUCGCCUACAUACUUCUACGCCUUCUACCACCACUGCCAGAGCCUGAUGAAGCCUGUGUGGUCGGACUCAGCCCACGGGGACGAGGUGCCCUAUGUGUUUGGCAUCCCCAUGGUGGGAGCCACUGACCUGUUCCCCUGCAACUUCUCCAGGAAUGACAUCAUGCUCAGCGCUGUGGUGAUGACUUACUGGACCAACUUUGCCAAGAGUGGUGACCCCAACAAGCCAGUGCCCCAGGACACUAAGUUCAUCCAUACCAAGGCCAACCGCUUUGAGGAGGUGGCCUGGUCCAAGUACAACCCCCAUGACCAGCUGUACCUGCACAUCGGCCUGAAGCCUCGCAUCCGCGACCACUACCGCGCCACCAAGGUAGCCUUCUGGAAGCACCUGGUGCCCCACCUGUAUAACCUCCAUGACAUGUUCCAUUACACCUCCACCACCACCAAGGUACCUCCCCAGGACACCACCAACUCCAACGGCAAGAGAACCGGCACCACCAAGCGUCCACCUGUCUCCACGGCCCACAGCAGUGAUGGGGAGGAGACGGGUCCUCUGAUCGUGGCUAACCCCAGAGAUUACUCUACUGAGCUGAGUGUCACCAUCGCUGUGGGUGCCUCGCUGCUGUUCCUCAAUGUGCUGGCUUUCGCAGCGCUCUACUACCGUAAGGACAAGCGCAGCCGGCAGGGUGGCCACGGUGGCCCCCACCAGGCCAGCCCCCAGCGGCAGAGCAACGGCAACGACGUGAGCCACACCACCACCGACGAGAGCCUGUCCCAUCAGAUGACCCAGUGCAGCCAGAUGAACCAGUGUGACACCCUGCAUGACCUCCACGACCUCCCUGACCUACACGACCCCCUGCACCUCUCCCCCAACAUGGACUACACCCUGACCCUGCGCCGCUCACCAGACGACAUCCCCCUGAUGACGCCAAACAACAUCACAAUGAUCCCCAACUCCCUGAUGGGCCUGCCCAACAUGCACCCCUACAGCACCUUCCCAGCCGGGUACAACUCCACCGUCCUGCCCCACUCCCACUCCACCACCCGGGUCUAGACCUAGCCUGGGACAGAAGAUAUACAGACCACAGUCGACAGAGAUUGUAGAGGUGAGCUGAGGGGCGAGCUGUGCUGUACAUGAAUUAAUACAAACAGUAGUUGGGUUGGGAUUAGUUUAUGUUCAUACUGCAAGAGCCAUGCAAAGCUUUUCCUGGUCAAAUGGUGCAGAAUCGCCGCCAAUAUACUACUGCCUCCUCUCCUCAUAGAGGGAGGUCUAUAAGCAGUGUCAUUUUUUUAAUCAUCAAUUUCAAGACUUGUGAGCUGGUUAAAAUGAGAAGUGCUUUUUAUUUCCCAUUGUCUUUUGAUGGUAACAUUUUUGGGAACUUUCUCUUGUACGACCUCAGCAUAAUGUUUGUACAGUUGGAUUUGUACGGGAAGCUUUUUUCUUCCUAUGAUAUCUGUUUUGAUCUUCUGUGUGGAACAAGUGUCAUCUGGACUCAUCACUGACUGAAAUAACAUUUGUAAAAAGCAGAAAAUCGGUGUUAUUAAGCAAUUUUAUACAUAUUCCUCAUGUUAAACUCAACUUAAAAGGGUAUUUUUUACUGACUAAAGAAUUGCAGAAAUACUAUGUUACUGUGACUGUGAUCAUUUGAACCUUUACUACAACAUUGAUUACAAUUUGUAGUAAAAGUAUAACAUUUAUCCAAUAAUAUUUCUAUUUGAAUAUGAACAAUAUAUCACCCCUAUAUACAGUAUGUGCGUGCGUGUGCCCGCGUGUGUGUUUACACUCUGAAGUGUAAUGUAAAGCUGUAAAUUGUUAAGAAAUUUGUUUGACAUUUUGUUUGAAGUAUUGGCUUUCAUCAUAUUUAGUGUUGUACUCUGAUCUAUGCUCGUCUGUCUAAGUGUCUUUGUUCAUUUUCAGUUAACUGUGUCUUAUUUUGCUGAACACGUUGUGGGAAUACAACUCCUGCUUUAUUAUAAAAAGACAAUAGCUUAAGAUGGCACAUACUCUAACCAACUGAUAUGAUUCCAUUGGCUUGUUUGUACACAAUAAACUUAGACCAGCACUUUU